CUUUAGCGAGUAUAGGUGUUCUUUGCCUGCUGUUCAGUGUGGCUGUCUGGGUGUAGUCUCUGCUUCUCCGUUUUUUUACCAUCCCCGAAUUGUAGCUAGAUUCCUAGUUUUCAUUUACUAUUAUAGACUGAUAUCCUGUAGAAUCAGCUCAAAAUGAGGAGUUUCAUCUGUCCGUUGUCAUUCCGUGCCUUAGACACUUUUUCCAGGCCUUUUGCUUGCUGUUUCUACUCGGAAAUCAGUAUGCCUUCAUCCACUCUUGUUAAAGAAUGUGCUGAAGUUAAGACGACUGGAGGUGUUGCGUAUGAUGUUAUUCUGUCAGAACCAAAGACUGAAACUGUUUUGAAGCGACCUGUUUCGCCCCCAAAGAAGUCAGAAAAGAGUUUGACAGAUAUAGCCAGCAAACUAGCGGCAGCUGAAGAAAGAAGAAAGUCAAUGGAGUCGCAAUUACUGCAGAGAUUGGCAGAGGAGAGAGCACUUGCACAGGAAAAAGCAUCCAGAGUUAUGAAAGACAACAACAACUUCCAGGAAGUAACUAAGAAACAGCUAGAUGAGAAGAUGCAAGUUUUUGAAGAAAAUCGAAAUGCUCGUUUUCAGGCUCUGCAGAAACGUUUGAAGGAAAGGAGAUACAUGGCCGAGAAGUACGCAACCACAAAAGGUCCAUCAGCCAAGAAAAUGCAGAAAAUGGCAAUUGAGCAUUAACAAUAUAGUAAUCAAAAGUAUCUACAUGGGCUGGCAGCUGUAAAUAGAAGUUCAUCUCAUCAGAGUACACACCGAUCCACAAGGGCAUUUAUGUUAUGUUAUGUAAUUUUAAAACAAUCUGUAUUUAUCCAUCCAUAUAAGCUGUAGCUUACUUAGGAGUUAACUAUCUAGUUGUCUCAGUGUAGAAAUUAUUAAUGAUUAGUGUUAUGAUUCAUAAAAAUAGUCCUAUAUAAAUGAAAUAAUUGUUAAUUCAUAUAGUUGGAAAUGUCACUCCCAGAGUAUGUAAUUUCAUUACUAACUUUACAUAGUUGGUCAAACAAACCAUGAAAUGUGAUGUAAUUUGCAGCUGAGAAUGAGCUUUCCACACCUGAUUCUUGUAUCUGUAAUAUAGUGUUGCAUUUAAAGUUGUAAUUCUUCAGGAACUUUAUUCACUGUAGUAAAUUUGGUCACUCUUUCGUAAAAAUACAAUAAGCGAGUUGAUGAAAUGGUCAGCCCAUGAUAGGCUACUUAUUAAAAGGUGUACUCUGCCUGUAUUUAGUGUUUGAUAAUUGUUAUGCAAUACUCAUUUAUUCUUGUUACAUUUUGAAGCUUUACAUUUAUGAGUUGAUAUCAUUUUAUAGAGUAUAGUUGCUAGUAUACAAUUUUGUCUUGUUUAUUUACGUUAUUCGAUCGUGUAGCUUGAUGAUGUAGUGUAGAUAGUGGAGUACCAACAAAAUCCACUGCCUUCCAACAGUAUUCACUGCCACUAGUGUUUGCUGCUGCUGCUGCUGCUGAACAAAUUUGAAUGAAGCAGGAUAGAUAUCAAAGACACUGGCUUUUUCAAGAAGUGAUCAAAUAUAUGUUACUGGAAGUGUUUUAUACAAAUUACUUUGUACUUGAAUGGUGUCUUGUGCAAUCUAUGAAAAAGCCUUUGUAUGAUUUGAAUUUUUCAAAUUGGCUGGAAUUAUUUUUAUCUCUGCAUUACUUUGGCAUUCCAUUUUUGUCGGCAAAAUUGCUGGCCAUGUUCACUCUCACUAUAAAUCAGUGUUUCAUGAAUAAAUGAUGCUUUGUGCAAACUA